AUGAUUCCAGGUUUAUGCAGAAUGAAGAUGGCUGACCCAUUGGGACACAUUGAAAGAAUAAUUCAGCAGCUUAACAAAUUCCAUCCUGAAAAUGAGAACGUUGGGCAUUUCUUGAAUGAAUCAGCUAAAGUAUUACAGACUUUCAAAGUAACAGAUGAAAUCCCUGUACCUGUAAUGGAUAUCUUGUGUGGCUGUUUAGAAUAUAAAACUGUAUUGGAUGUGGUAGUCAAUGCAUUUUAUAUCCGAGAUGGAAAACAUUGCCUAUUAUCUGAGCGUAACAUGUAUAUUGUUAUUUGUUAUUUGGCUACUUUUCGACUAGAGGAACUUGGACUUCAGCAGUUCAGCAAAAUCAUCAAAUCAAUAGAUGCUUCUAAGAUAUGUAAGUUCCUUAGGUUCUUUUUCAAUGUGAUGAAUUUGCAAACAUGGAUAAAAGAUGAAUGGAGUCAGAUUUAUGAUUCGGUUUAUGUAAAUGAAAAUUGGAUUGAACCACUGCAAAGAUGGCAGCCAAAAAUACAGGAAUUGAUCAAUCAGCUCGAUAAUAUUGCAGCUAAACACACUACUACAACUUUAAAGAUGACUGAGCCAAAUGAAUUUAACUUGACGAUCCCUAAUCCACGAGCUAUACUGAUUCCUGAGCAAAUUCCACAACAAGAGAAAACAAAACCUAUUCCCAAGGAUACUUACAAACCACCUAGAAUGAAGCAGCAUCUAGAAAGAAUCAGAUUGAAGAAUCGCCAGAAGGCGGAGGAACUGCUGCUAGAAGCAAAUGUUAAUCAAUUGAACUGUGCAGCCCCAAAGUUUGAUUACAAAUGCUCUAUGAAUGAAAUCCCAAACCCUGAAAAAUUUGAGGCUCAGAAGAUCAAGUUCAAGACUGACAAUACUCCCGUUAGGCUAAAUGCAGCAGCAAUCUUAAGAGAAGGUGUUCUGUACCAAAGAAAAGUGGAACAGGAGCUUAAGAGAAUUGAACAUCUUCUCCAAGGAGCACAGGAUCCAUCAAAAUUUCUAGAAUGGCAAAAACAAAUGCGUGGGAAAGAUUUGGACCAACAGUUGACAGAAGCAGAAUGUAAAAAACUGCAAGGAAAGCUAAGCUAUGAGGAUGCUAUUUUAGCACGCCAGUACUGCAUUCAGGAAAAGAAAAAAAUUGCUGAGCAGAAGAGAGAAGAGACAGCAGAAAUGCAUCACCAGUGUGCAGAAAGAUGCCUUCACGAAAGGAAGGAAAAGGAAAAAAAGGUUCAGCAAGUGUCAGAGGGACAUAAAAAUGUGAAGCAAGCACAAACGAAACUCCAAAAAUGCAAACAGCAAAUAGCUCAAGAGAUAUCUAAAAAAAGCCAGGACAUACUACUUCAGGCUUUAAAAGAGGAAGAAGAGAAAUUUAAAAAAAAAUAUGAACUGAUUCAGCAAAUAAGAGCUAUAGAAUACCUGCCAUUUCUUAGAAAUAGAUUUAUUGACUUAACCAAGACUGGUAAUCAUGGUGUACUGGGUGAAAUGUCAUUUGUGGAACUUCAAGAACGUUUAACUUUGCUGAAAGAAUCUCAGCAAAAAGCAGAAGAAGAGAAAAGGGAUCUGAUAAUCCAUGAAAAACAUGCUAAGGAACAACUUCUUUUGGAUAAGCUGGAACAAAUCUGUAUGUUCAGAGAACAAUUUGGCAGAGCAGCUGCAUUAAAACAGGAGGAAAACAAAACAAAGAUUCCACUUCGUGAAGCCAUUUUAAAAGAGGAACAAGUUUUAGAUCUACAGAAAAAAAUUAUGGAAAAGUCUACUGAACGUAAAAUGCAAACUGAAUAUUUAAAAACUAAAUUUCUGAAGUCUAAUGAAAAAACCAAGCCAUCUUGGAAGUUAGACAAAAAAUCUGAAGGAGAGGAUCACUGGAAGAAAUUGGAAGAAAGUCGACAACAGCAAUUUAAAAUGCUUCAGCAAGGUCUUAUGUCUAGAGAUAAUGCUCAAAAAAUGGUAACAAAUGAAGCUAUGAGAACUGGAACCAAUGCUUGUAUAUUAAGAAGUUAGACAAAAUUGUUUCUAGAUGUCAUACUGUUUAGAAGACAUUUACUACUAAUCUGAUUCAAUUUUUGAUUUCUUGAACUACUUUAUACUUUAAUAUAAAAAUAGCUAUUAAUUGGCAGCUGUUUUUAGUUUAUAUAUGUUGGAACUAUAAUGCUUUUAACAUCUUUAGCUAUUAUAAUGCUAGUUUUCAAAACAA